GGUAGCUUACUACGGUAGCCGCGAGAGGGCGCUCUGCCGCUGGGAAAUCCUCUUUGGCUGUACAACUUGUUUUCAAUGCUUCUCAUGAGAGAUGUCAUACGCUGAUGAACAGACCAGGGAUAUGUGACAGGUCUAACGUUAGAGGAGGUGCAUAGGAUAUACCCGUGUACAGAUUUCGUUUUGGAUUUAUUUUUCGGUAGAUGACAGCAUGGGUGAGUCUAUACAAGAGUGGUCGAAGAUCACACCAGAAGAACGCAUCCAACAUGAAACACUGUUCUACAGCCAGGGACCCCUGGAUGGGUACCUGACAGCUGAGAGAGCCAGGGAUGUGUUUCUAAAAUCAGGAUUACCAUUACAAGUGCUGAGUCAAAUAUGGAACCUCGCUGAUGUGAGUAAUGACAACCUCCUGAAUGUCCAUGAGUUCGUGCUGGCCAUGCACCUCACCCUCGGGACCCUGGAGGGUCUCAAGUUACCUCUGCCCCUCCCCCGCUACCUCACACCCCCCACCUCAGAGAUGCUGUCGGAACCGCUGGCCGAUUCCGAAAGAGAGGCUUACAAGAAAAUAUUCAAACUUUUAGACAAAACCAACUCUGGAUUUAUUGAAGCUGACAUGGCACGGGAAGUCUUCAGUCUCUCCGGACUCCCGCCAGACCAGCUGGGACGCAUCUGGGACAUCGCUGACGUCAAUAGGGAUGGCAGUCUCGACCCAGAGGAAUGGAUGGUGGCCUGUCACCUCAUCAGGACCCUCAAGAAAGGCCUAUCUAUAGACUGUCCUGUCAAUGUCUUUGCCUACCUCCCCGAUCGGAUUUCGCCAAACUCUUUGCAAGCCAGGAAACGGAGGGUGGAUGAAUAUGAAGUCAAGAAGCACAGGCUGAUGGUCUUGAAGGAAAAACGGAAACAAGACGUUAGUCGAGAAUCUCGGAGGUUGCAGUUUGCAGAGGGUAAACUGAAGAUUUGUCGUGAUUUGUAUCAUUUAUUGAAGAAAUCUGGACAAAGUCCUAUAUCUGCUGAACAGUUCAAGGCCAAGGUUGCUGGGGAGAAUGCUGAGAUCACCAAACAAGAAGAAAUAGUACACAGGUUAAAGAAGGAACAUGAGCGUGUGCGGCAGAGCACAGUGAAGAUCAUCCUGGAGGAACAGCGGCUGAAUGAAGACAUCCGCAACCUGAAGAGUGGCACCACAGAGCUCAACAAGAAAUUAAGGGCGAUCCACACAAAAGCUACAAAGGACCCGGAUCCAUUUCACCAGUUGUAUGAACAAAAGAAAGAGAAGAAAAUUACACUAGCAGACUUGGAUGCUGGUGAAAUCUACAUACCUUUCACCUUUGACCCUUUCAACAAGAAAGAAUCCUCUCGAAAAGUUACCUCAGGAGCAAGAAUUUUCCAGAACUGUGAUACCAAAAAUAACAAUCAUAAACUGACAAGUGAAAUUCCUGAAAAAGUUUUGGUUAGUUUUAAAAACAUUGACGACAGUUUCACUGACAUUUGGGGCACAUCAUCAUCCAAAAUGAAUUCAUCAGAAGAAGACGAUCCUUUGUUUAAAACAGUGACAUCGUCGAGUCUGGAGGCAGAUAGCUGGUUCAGUCUCCACAUGGCCGGGGACUCUGUCAUGGGUGAUGACAGUAGGAGUUUUGCAGACCUCCAGCGCAGACUAGUUGACCUCAAGAAUGAAAUACAAAAGCUCAAUAUGGAGGGAGACAGACUGGUAUUUAGAAACCCUGAGGAAUACACUGCAAGGAAGCGUGCCAAGGAGGAGGAAGAGAGGACAGAGAAACUCCGACAUCAGCGUCGUGGUGGCAGUGGUAAGGAGAACAUCAAGCGACACAGCUAUACCUCCAAACCUGAUGAAGCAGUACAAGCAGCUAGAGAGUACCGCAUAAAGAGAAGGUCCUUGCAUCUUGAAGGAAAGCCUGAGACAACCACAGACAGUCCACCAGUGGCGAGAAGACCUCUUGAGUCUCCUCGGCACUCUCCCCGGCAGACACCCAGGAGUAAGAAAGUCCACUCAGUGUCAAAAGCUUUUGUUGAACAAGAUUUGGGCCACUCAGAAACCACCUUCACAUCACAGCCAGUUGUUGAGAAGCUAGACUUAUCAUCGCUACAAAACGGCCAAGAAGAAGCUAAAGAUAGACACAAGAGUCCAGAAAGAGCUCUGAAAGAAAAUAAUACUCAAGAAGCAGAGUCAUCUGGUGAAAAGACACCAAGGGGGAAAUCUGAAGCAAGCUUGAAGAAGGCUCACUUCAGUUCAUCCACUCCUGUUAAGAGUACUCCUCGAUCAUCCUCAAAGAAGUCAAGAGCUCCUCCUCCACCAUCCGAGUCAACCAGUCCUGGACCUGCCAGCCCAAGAUCUCCGUCCAUAACAGAAUCUCCACUUCGACCUCUCGAAGCUCUGACUCCCUCUGAAGCUACUGUUAAACCUCCCAUUGCUGCCAAGCCUUCAGUACCUACUGCAGAUGGACCUCUACCUGUAGCUCCACCUCGAUUGAAGAAAAAGAGGGCAUCAACUAAAUCCAGUUCCUCUGAAGAAUCUGAACAGAAAGUAAAUGGUUUGGUGUCCAGUAAAGAUUCAUCCCCCACAAAAUCUGUACCCACAUCUCCAAGGGUUGAAGAGAUUGUGCAGAGUCCCCGGGACAUAUCCAGUGUGAAGACAACGGCAGUCAGUAAAUCACUAGAAUCUCCUGCUAAAAGACCCAAUGACCUGGGCAUUACCUCAACAGCAAGUAUUGAAGAAUCCAAAGUGAAGCCAUUGAUUCUGGAAAGUUCUCUUGAAUCUGAAAUAUUUGGAGCCUUAAAAUCUUCUCAGUUGUUUAAAGAUACUGAUGCUUUUGCUUCCAACUCUGAGAGUGCAACAACAGUCACUACCUCCACAGUAACACAAGUUCAUGAAUCGAAAGGGAGGGUGAAGUCUCCAGUUAGAACAGCUGAAACUGUCACUGUUGUUACCAGAGAAGGGAGUAGUCCUCAAUCUUCAAAUAUAGACACGUCCAUUAGAACUGAAGGUGCAAGCCAACUUCCUCAAAACAGUGAACUCUUUGGUCGCUUUGAUGCUUAUUCUGGGGUCCAUGGAGGGGCCAGGCCUAAAGUGAAACAAGAAAAGUCAAAGAAGGAAUCUGUCAGACAAGAAGCCUUGAAGCAAGAAAAGUCAAAGAAGGAAUCUGUCAGACAAGAAGCUUUGAAGCAAGAAAAGUCAAAGAAGGAAUCUGUCAGACAAGAAGCUUUGAAGCAAGAAAAGUCAAAGAAGGAAUCUGUCAGACAGGAAGCUUUGAAGCAAGAAAAGUCAAAGAAGGAAUCUGUCAGACAAGAAGCUUUGAAACAAGAAAGAAAAGUUCUUGAGAAGAAAGAUGAAAUAGAGGAAGAAGAGAUUGAAACAAUAAUUGAGGAGGUCAUUGAAAUCAAAACUUCAAUUGACAAUGCAGGUAAUCCAAUUCUAGAUAGCUCAGCUCCUGGAUAUAAAUCGGAAGUUGUCAGCACAAAGAAAACUGUAAUGACACAGGUUAUUGAGCCCAAGGUGAUCAUUGAAGAAAGUUCAACCGAGGUUCAGUCUCAGGCAAUUAGCGAUAUUAAAGAUAAAGGAAGGAGCCCGAAACGAAAAGCACCAGCACCUCCUGUCCCAGGAACCACCAUUAUCCACCAAGUUCACACCAACGUUUCAAACAUUGAGGCUUCACCAAGUUCGACCCCACCUUCAGUGAGGGUCUCCAAGCGGUCAUCAAUCCCAGAUCAUCUUGCAGGAACUGCAGCUGCAGGAUAUGAGUCUGAUGCAUCUGAUGCCAGCUCUGUUCCUCCACCCCUCCCAGACACGGCCCCACCCCCACUGCCGACCAUUGCCCCACCCCUCGCCACACAACUCAGUGGCGAGGAUAUAGUGGAAAUUGAUUUCAAAUCUUCAUCACUCCUUAACUCCAAAUCUUCACCAACAGGAGACAGCGGAAUUCUUGUGUCCAGUCUGCCUACCUCCCCUGAUGAGACAGACAGCACUGACGUACAGCUCAUCUCCUUUCAAAACCAGACAUACUCCAUGGGAGAUAACUCUAGUGAGAGAGAUUCAUCUUUCGUACGGACCAGUGUUGAUUCCGCCUUUGAAGACAGCAUCACAAGUCCAACCACAUCCUAUAGCUAUGAAUCAAAGGGAGGUAAUCAAAGAUUUCAGAAAACUGAAAUCGAGGAAACGUAUGGACAGUCACAGAGUGGAGUUACCUCCCCGCGUGGUAAAUUGUAUGACUCUCAAGAAAUGGUUGAUAAAGCCAGACAAUUCGCUGAAAUUGUCCAAAAGCCAAAUUUUGUGGUCAAGCGGGACUCAUCUACACCAGACAACUUUGACCAGAAGAGACUUCAAGCGCUUGAGAUGGAGAGACGAGCAGUCAUUUCUGAAGCCACAGUCCGCAGGAAGUUUGGUCCUGGAGUAUCCAGCCCUACCGAGGAAGGCCUGCCUCCAUUUAAUGAAGAGUCAGAAUUGAGGACUAAUUCAGAUAGUCAAAAUCACUGGGAGUUAGUUGACAAUCAGAACCAGAAUCCAGACGUCGGAUGGACAGGCCGACCAAACAAAGUCAACCUGUACAGUGAGAACGUUGUGCAGGAGGCCAACACAACAGAGGAAGUCAACCGGGAGUCAAUCCGUGACUUGUCAUCAACCAGACAACAGUGGGAGACGAUAUUGUCCCCUGUUGCUGAAAAGACUGAAUCACAGAAAAAAGCAACUGUUCGACACUGGGAGGUGAAUUUCCCAAAUAAAAGGAAGUCUGUGAGCAUAGAAGCUGAUAAAGUGGACGUUUCCUUCACCAGCAUGGAGGACACACAGGAUAGGUAUGCUAAUGAAAGUGCCAUCGAGCGGGAGAUUCGGUUGAACAUGGAGCGCGAGGAGACACUCCGGAGGGAACAGGAAGAAAGGAAACUGCUAAGUGAAAAGGGCAAGGUCGAUACAACGAUGUAUGAAAGUGUGCCAAAGGAUGAGACGAAGCCGAUGUUUCACGAGUUGACAGAAGCAGAUCGCGGCUCGGAGAUGUGUAAGAGGGAGACCAUCAUCCAGCAGGAGCUCCGGGAACAAGAGGAAAAGGAGAGGGCUCUGAGGAAAAACCAUCACGUUGAGAAUUCUAGACAGGAGUCAAGAACUAAUGGUGUAGCAGAGGAAACAAGGGAGAGCAUCAUCGAGAAGGAGAUCCGAAUACAGCGCGAGAGGGAGGCAGAGCUUCAGCAACAGAGGAAGGGGAAGACAGUUGAACAGCCUGCAUCACCACCAGAACCUGAGCAGAAUCAUAAACAAGUCGAGCCACAGAACGAUAUUAACCAUAAUCAGACAAAGAGUGUUUCGUAUGAGAAGGCAAUUUCAAGUUACAGUCAUGAUGGUGAGAGUCUUAUUGCUCGCGAGUUGAGAGAAGCAAGGGAACGGGAGGAUGAACUGCAACAGCAGAGGUCACGACUUCAUCAACAGAGUGAUGUUGCAACACCUACAAAACAGCAGCAGUCACAGCCAACACCAGCAUCUAAAACAACCCCAAAAGUUUCCAACUCCUCCCCUGCAGCACGCCAGGGGACAUGGCAAAAAGACGUUUCACCAUUCCUUCAAAAAUCUAAACGUAGUGGUUCUGUAGACUCACUGGCUUCUAGUCACAGCACUGGCAAAUCACCGUCUGAUUUGGGCACGCAAAAUCAGGAAGAAGAUGAGUUUCCAGCAUACAAGCCCAAAUCUGAAACACCAAUCGAACGGGAGAUUCGUCUUGUCCGUGAGCGGGAGAAUGAACUCAGACGAUCAAAAGGUCUUCCUGAUCUCCCUGAUCCCAAAGCAGAGCAUAGAAGUGGUCCCCCUCUGUCUCUGUCCUCGCCCUCUACCGAGCACUCUCCACGGUACUUUCGGUCCCCCUUGGAGAACAAGAACACCAUGAAGCGCUACUCCUCCAACAGACUCCAGCAGGAGAUCAUCAAGCAGAAUCAGAGGGAGAUGGAUCUGCGCAGUGAGGGGAAGAUCAUCACCACGUCCGAGGAACACAUCCAGCCACUCAAGUAUGUGGCUGUCACGGGACAGGAAACUACCAAUGCCAAUGUUAAGAAGAACUUUGUGACUAGGAAGUCGUCUGGAGGGUACACUCCAACAAAGUCGGAUGAAGUGGACGGUGCUGUUAGUGAUAGCCAAGCUAAGACAACCCCCAAGGCUGAGCUUCUGAAGUCAAGGAAGGUGAUGUCAGCGGGUGGAGCAGGCUUUUCGUACAAAGAGAGUCGGAAUACAGCCGAGUCAAAGAUCGAGAGAGAGCUGAGGGAAAUGAGAGAGAGGGAGGAUGAACUGAGGAAACAGAGGGCCACACCAGGGGAUGAAGAAGGCCCCAGCAGUCCAAGGGAGGCAACUCCGAAUGGGAAGUCUGACGGAGAACAAUCUUCAAACAAGAAAGGGAACGUAGCUGCUCAGUGGGAACAGAUAUGUAACAACUGAUCAAUAGAUGAACAAUCGAGGAACAAUCGCAGAACAAUUCAGGAGUAAUAAUUGUGGAGAGUAUUAGUACUGGAGAAAGGACAAUGAUGGUGAAAGUCAGAGAUUAAGAAAUAUAAUUUCAAAUAAGAGAAACUGUUAAAACUGACAAAAUUCAUCCGAUUUAUUGCAAUAUUGUUUUCAAAUUAAGGGUGACGGUUGGAAAAGUGUAUCCAAAAUAUGAAUAUAAUUCAGACAAGAUUUUUGGAAACGUAGCUGUAGAAUUAAGCAAAACACAUCAACAACUUUCAAAUCCUGGGGUUGUACCACAUUCCCUUUAGACAUUGUUCCAUGGUGCUAUAGCCUGAGGCUCGACAGUAGCGAAUUACAGUAGCGGCUUGUACAUACAGUGAUGAUGCAGACUGACGAUGCUGUCAGAGCUAGAAAUGCGUUGACGGUGCGUAGUGCAGCUAUGGCGUAGAUGAAGAAGCAUAUAUUCAGAGUAUGUAUGAAACUGUAGGGGACCUUCUUGGAAGACUGGGAUCUGAAAUGUACAAACUUUGCCAAAAGCAUAUAUAUUUCAUUAUAUUAUACAGGCAAUGUAUGUUGGUCAAUCAAAAUACUGCAUCAUCCUGCAUCGUGGUGAUCAAUCAUCAGAGCUGUCUAACAUGAACAAAUGUACAUAUCAUUGUAGAUAUCGCGUUGAGCUUGCUUUGUAUGCAAAGGCCAAUAAUAAUAUAUUCUGUGACCGUAGUAGGUGUGUACAUUUACCUGAAUGUAAUAUACAUGUGGAACUGUCAAUAUCUGUCCGUCUCUGAAGCGUUGAUGAGGGAUAUUGGAAAUGUUGUGGUCAAACGCACCUGUUGACCAGUAGCUGGUAAUUGACUGGUGCUACACAUGCUUUCCUGAAAAUCUGCACACAGACUUACCUGAAAUUUAUCAAAAACUAGAAAUAUCCAAUUACAUUCUGGCACUCAGGCCUAGUCUAGUAACAUUUAUUUUGGUUUAAACAAAAGGCCAUAGUGUAGUGUCUGUUUGUUGUUAACGCUGCACUCAACAAUAUUCCAGCUAUAUGAUGGCAGUCUGUGGAUAAUCGAGUCUGGACCAGACAAUCCAGUGAUUGAUAUCAUGAGCAUCGAUUCAUGCAGUUGGGAUGCAAUCGAUGCAUCAACCAAGUCGGCGAGCCUGACCACUGAUCCUCUUAAUCACUUUUUACAGCAAGCAUAGGUUGCUGAAGAACGAUUCUAACCUGGAUCUUCAUGGUUCCAUUAAGGCUAUCUGGUGCAAAGGUUUUCAGCAUGAACUGUAAUAAAUGCAGGUGUGUGUGUACAUGUAUUUAAUCACAGGUACAUACUGCAGAGUGAGUUAGUCAUCUGCAUCUGACUCAGGUACCUGUUUCUUUGCUUUUAUACCAAAUUGUUGUUAGAACAAAAGUAUACAUAUACGUUUAUGUAUGAUGUUGAAUUUGAACAAGAAUCUACAGCCAAUGAACGUGAUACAUUGUACAUGACUACUCGUACCAGUGUUUCCCCACAUAAUCGCACUCCAUUCUGUACAACUCGAGGCAGCCACUCCAUGUUUCAUUGCAACUUUAAUCAAAUCCACAGCACGCGUUAUGUAAUUCCUUGUUAUACUUCGAGAAAUUGAUAAAAUGAUAAAAAUAUCUGAAAUGUGUUCUUUCAUACAUUUUGUCAUAUACUGAGGUUCAAUCAGGAUUCAUCAGCAAGUCUUCCAGAACACCUGGUGUCAGGUCAAGAAAGGUGUAUUCAUAUUGAAAUGUGAGACAGUUUCAUCAAGCUGCUUUUGAUUUUGAUUCUGAAAAUAUUUUUAAGCAUUACUACUAUACUAUUGAAAUAUACCUUUAGCCAUCAAAUAUAUGAAAUAUCAAGUAUUUAUUCAUCUCCAAUUGGGCAACUGCACAAAUAUAGUUGUAUAUGAAACAUAUGGCUGAAACUUCCCCACAAAACCCUGGUCAGUGCCAAGUGCCGGUGUUUCAGGGCAGUGUGACGGUGGAAAGAAUGCAUGUACAGCCAUACUAACAUGUUAAUUGUUUGAACAUAGCUGUUUGAACUAAUUCUUAUUUGAAUGUUAAAUUUAUGGAUAUUUAUGUUUAUGAAAACUGGCAUGACUACUUCAAGAAUGAAUAAAUUUAUUUGAAAUGUGUGGUUUAUACAUGUCACACAUUAUAAAUUUUCAUAAAGUUGUGAGUAGCUAUUCGAGAAGGUAUCCCAGUAAAUAUUUAUGGUACUGUUUUGUCAGAUAUUGACAUAUUUGUUAAGGAUAAAAUCUUCAAAUUUUCAUCCAUGUAUGUGAUUAAUACCAAAGCCAAUCCAUCCUGUCUGUACUGUGUGGUUUAAUUGUUGUCCUAAACUGAUUAGUGUUAAUCAUCAGCUUGCCAGAUUGAGCAUUUACGUGUACAUUUAAAAUUGAUUGAGUGCUUUGCAUACGUUUGUUAUACUGUUGUACAGAGUCCUUGGCACCCAUUCAUCUGACAACAUGUACCGAGCAAUGUCCAUGUGUCAAGACUAUGCAGAUACAGCCUUGGACAUUGACUUGUCAAUCAUUGUGAUACCUUUACACAUGCUUGGAAUAUAUUGUGCAUAAAGUUUAAUACCUUUUUUAAAUUUGAAUUUCUCAUACCAAGACCGAAUAUUCCCUAGUGUGCUUGUACAUAUUUAAGGUAAAUAAUUAUUUGGAACUUUUUGAUAGCUAUUGUAGAGGUUAAAUAAUGUAGAAUUGUAUACAGAAAAUUGUGAACAUUUGCCUCAGUAUCUCCAGAUUUGUAACAGCUUAAUAUAUAUACAUAUGCAACAUCAUUAAUCAUUUGUUAGAAAAAGAUUCAGAUAUGACUCCAAAAUGUGAAUAUCUUAAAAAAGAUAUUGAGCAAAUAAUAUUUUUUUACUAUAUAUCAAAGCUACUGGUGGUAGGGACAUUCUGUUUACAAAUCCGAGAAUGUCUUUGUGUUUCAUACGCCUUCAUACAGUCUCAGAAGCCUGCAUUAAUCAAGAACUGCAAUGAGAAAAAAGCUCCAGCAGAACAGGAGUCAAACAUAGUUGAAGUUGUUCAUAGUUUUGUUUGUUUCCAUCUCAAGUUGUUGCAUCAUAGUGUCCUAUGGAGUUAUUGAAGGAAAAUAAUGUACAACUGUUUCGGUAUGACCAUAGCCCUAGUGUGCCUUACCCAGCUUAGAAUGUACAUACUUCUAUAUGACCGUGCAAUGAGUUGCCAAUACCCAGAUAUUACAUGUAUACACCAUAUUGUGACGACAUAUCAUUUCUAUUCAGAUCUGUUGUUACAUCACACAUAUAAUCAUCUUGAUGUCUCAAGCAAUAAAUAUGCAUUAUAUUGACAUA